CAUUAAUUAUCGUUACAUCUCAUAUUCGAAUCGAUUCGUUAAAAUACAUUUAUUUUAUUUUAUUUACAUUAAAUUUAAUAAAAUUAUAAAAAAUAUUAUCUCGUAAUCUUUCAUCGAAUUCAAACCCAAAACUAGAUAAAAUAUUAGUGUAAUUGAUGAAAAAGUUAUUUCUUUAUCAAUCAGUUUCGAUAGGUAAAGGAUCGGGUUGGUGUAUUUAGUAAGAGAGAACAUAGAAAUUGAAGGGUUUAAUUUACUUGGUUUGAAGGAGGUCAAGGAUCAGGUUCUACAGUUUUCUUCUAGUUUUGAAAAUUCGUACGAAAAGAAGGUAAAGAAACGAUUGAAAAAUUGGAUGGACUAAACCAAUCGAACGAUCCACAUCAAUCAAAAUGAUGGAAUCGAACGGUGCACAUGAAAACAAGAUCAAUAAAGGAAGCGGAAACCCGGAGCCGGUCGUGCCCAGAGUUUGGAAGAUAUUCCCUUCCCACCACCACGUACCCCAACCCAACCAUGGUUAAUUUAACUAAACCCUUAAUCAUCACGUUGAUUAAUAAACCCCUUCUCUUCAUUUCCCUUUCAUCUCGGGCUAUUCCCUUUCUUCUGGUAUUUCUAGUUCACUUCCUUCACUCUCUUUCUUUGACUUGCUUGGAACCCAGGUAAUCUCCGGUCAACAAAAGGAUCAGAUUUUUUUUAUUAAGAUCAGACGGUUAUUAGUUGAGGAAAAAUAUGAGCUGCAACGGCUGCCGAGUGCUCCGAAAGGGAUGCAGCGAGACCUGCGUGUUACGGUCGAGCUUACGCUGGAUCGAAUCCCCCGAAGCCCAAGGCAACGCCACCUUAUUUCUCGCCAAGUUUUUCGGCCGUAGUGACCUCCUCUCUCUUAUCUCCUCAGUCCCCGAAUACCAACGCCCCGCUUUGUAUCAGUCUUUGUUGUUUGAGGCUUGUGGUCGUACCGUGAAUCCGGUGAACGGAGCGGUAGGGCUGUUAUCGAGUGGGAACUGGCAUAUCUGUCAAGCAGCGGUGGAGACGGUGCUUCAAGGCGGAGCUUUACGGCCGAUUCCGGGGAUUUUAGCCGGAGUUUGGACGCCGAGUUGCGACGAGUCAUCGGUUCUUUUCUGUGCUAAUUCAUGCAACUUCCAAAGCCGCUACGCUCAGUCUAAGCCUUUGAUGACGAUGAUGAACGAGAAUCAAUCGGCUUCGGAUCUAAGCCUCUCUUUGACGACUAAGUUCGGUGGAGGAAGACGUGGAAGCGGAAGCCGAUACCAGGAAGAAAAUAAGAGAGCAAAAACGGCGUCGUUUUAUUCGGAGGAAUCAGAGAUAACUACCUUUGAAAGCAACGGAAACGAAGGCAGGCAAGAGAGAAAGAUUUUGAAUCUUUUCGUUUGAGAAAACUAAGACCAACAAAAAAAAAAAAAAAGCGGUCUUUUUUGAUAAGCCGGCGUUGUAGUGAAUAAUGAAGAGAAAAUAACAAGAAUAGAAGUUUUUUUUAUUAUUAUUUUAAUUAAUAAUUUUGUGAGUUUUGUUUGGGGAGGGUGAAAAAAUGAGGAUAAUCUGAGUCAUUAUGAUUUUGGUAUCAAGGAAAGCAUAUUGAUAAUCAGUAUAGUUAAGCAAUUAAUGAUGAUAGAUUGAAAUUAGUAGUAUUUGAGUUGGGGAAGAUAAGAAAUGAGUAAUUAAUCCUUUUUAAGUAGGGAAGAUGAUUAAAAUUGCUGCUAUUUUCUUGGUAUGAUAUGUAUGGAUGCCUAUUCUUUUGCAAAUAGAUUCAUUUAUCCUUGAGAAAUUAUUGCCCGAAAAGAAGAUGACUGGCUAACCUUGAAAAAAGUUGAAGUUUUCAUCAUCUUCAACUUGGUAAUUGGAUUUGUGAAAGUUCAUUGGAGAUGAUAAGGUCACCAUAACUUUUCGUAGAGAAC